AUGUCGGUUCCUAGUCAAUUGAAAAUUGACAACUGGGGCAAUUUCUUCAUGCAGCGCCUCAACAACUUGGCCAAAAAAGAUGAAUACUGCGACUAUACCAUUCGUUCAGCAACAAAUGAAUCUUUUAAAGUCCAUAGAGUUGUUUUGAAUACGUGUUCAGACUAUUUUGUUUCCCACCCAAGUACUGACAAAACAAUGACAAUGCCUGUACAUCUAGACUUUGAUGCAGUUAAGAGUGUUAUCAUGUUUAUGUAUACCGGACAACUUCAUUACACCGAAGACAGUCGUAUGGGUUUAAUCGAAGUAGCUGACAUGUUACAGGUUACUGUGUUACUUAAGCUUCUGGAGUCACAGAAUGGAGCAAACAAAGUAACUCCUAAGUAUCAAUCCCCACAAGCUUCAACAUCAAGAACUCAUUCAGCAAUCGCACUAAAUCAAUAUAGGCCGGCAAAGAAACCAACCACUCAAACUUAUACGAACGUUAGAUCACCACCAGAACAUACACCAGCAUCUACUUUUAUUAAUACAAUGAAAGUGAAAGAUAUUUUGAGCGAAAAUAAACCAAUGCGGUUUGAAUGUGAUGCCGAUGACGUACCUGAGUUUAUUGAACAAACUUUUGAAUUACCCAAGUAUGAUAGUGCGCCUUUAAUUAAACAAGAAAAUUGUGAUAGUGCAAAGGCAAUGCUCAAGAGAGCUUCCAAUGGAGAAUUGAUUAAUAAGAGCAUGGACAAGGGUCAUAGAACCCAAGUCAUUAAAUGUGAGACUCAAACUAUAUCAUCGCCAGGAGGCAAGAAAUUAAAAAUUGUCAGUGAUACAGACCCAGAGAACACCAAUAGCAAAGUAGUGCAAGAAAUCUUAAAGAAAUACCCACAUUUAUUGCAAAGUAAAGGUAACAUUAAAUUAAAAAUUAUGUCUAGUACUAAUCAAAGCCAGUUUGAAAGCAUAAUUAUCAACACUCCUAAUUCAGUUGAGAAAAUCUUACCUGCUGGGAGUGGUGUUAAAAAACCAAUUACCACUCACAAAGUCAAGCCGGAUAUCAUGAACAUAACUGGACCUUGGUCCUGUAAUCUUUGUGGAACUGACGCAGAUCCAUUGAAAUUAGAUUCUUAUUUAAUAUACAGGAGACAUUUGGUAGAAAAACAUAAUGAGAAAGAAGACACUAGAGUUUGUGAACACUGUGGACACUUUUCUGUACGCAAGAGCUUACAAAUACAUCACAUGUACACGAAACACAAAAUUCAGCCGCCUGCUGAUUUCAAAUUUCCUCAAUGUGACGAUUGUGGAUUUGUUGCUACAACUGAAGUUCAUCUAAAAAGACAUAAGAGUUUGGAAAAAUGUGGCAUUAAACCACAAUCAAAAACAGAAUAUGGAAGUUAUACUUGCUCUGAGUGCGAUAGGACGUUCCGUUCAAGUUUGAUGCUUAAAGGACACUUGAGAAAUUUCCAUAAAGUUGAAGAAAUUAUUCCUUCAACUUCAUCAACCAAAGAGCUAUUGAUUUCUGUUAUUGAUAAUAUACCACCUGGGGCCAAAGUUUUAGCUGAAAAUAAUAUUACACAUGAAAUUGAUGAUCUAAUAAAAAGCGAAGAAGUCAUUUACAAUGAAGAAACUACAGAAGUAGAAACUGUUACCCUGGAAGAUGUAUUUGAAGAAAAUGAUGAUGACUGUAAAUCCGCCGUACCAGUUAACAUCACGGAGGAGUGGGAUGAUUUUGAUGAAGUGGAUACAAACAAAAAUGAAGAAUCUGACAAAGAAGACAACAGAGAUGCUAAACCUUGUAGAAUAGAAUUGGAGUGA